AUGUGGGUGACGCCGAUCUACUAUGCAUCAACGACGUUCUCGUCGAUCGGUGCCAGCGCGCCUGUGGCGGCGCUGUCAAAUUACUAUCACACGCAACUUGCACCGGCCGCGCACACGCACAUGGCCAACAACGCGCCACGCCUUUGUGCACUGUAUGCCAAGGUGAGCGCUUGGGCUCAUCACUGGGACCUGCCGAAUAUGCGCUUGUCGCUGCAAACGUUCCCGCCAUUCCCUAUCGCUGCGUUGACGCUACGCCAUGUGCUGCUGGUGGGCGGCGUGAUCGUCCUGACGUGGUGCUCACCCUGGGCAACGCUCAUUCGCUCGGCACUCUGGCACAGUGCGUUUGUGCGCCAUGUGGUACUGACCACCGUGCGUGUGCUGUCUGGCUCCGAGAGCGUCGCGUCGCGGCUACGCCCCAAGCCGCCUUCCCCACGCAAGCGCCACGCAACAGACGAGUUUGAGACUGAGUUUGUGUUUGAGAUCUACGAGAACCAGCGGUGGUGGAUUGGCCUCGACUGGACGGCGGCGCUCCUGCCCCAGGAGCGCCCCAGCUGGUCGGAUAGCGAAAACCACGCGGUGGCGCCGCCGGCCUCAUUCUCGUUGCCGCGGGGCAUCCGCACGUAUAUGCCAUCCUCGCGCUAUCCUGGCAAGGACGACUUGCGCACCUCGCAGUGGCGCUGGGUCGACUCUGAGUGGCAUGUGGCCGGCGUGCAGAGCAUCACGUCCAGCUCCUACACGCCAAAGAGGAGCAUGAAUGCAUCUGAGGCACAGCGCCUCAGCAAGGAGCUCGCUACGGCACAUACGGAGCCUGUUGAGGUGCCAGACGAGGUCAAGGAUGUGGCACGGCCUAUUUCCGAGCCAGCUGUCAGCAUGGAUGUCGAUGCUGAGGGAUGGCAGUACGGCGACAACGCCUGGGAAAAGCUCAGCAAGCAGAGCGGCAUGGGACGGUAUACCCGCCGCCGCCGCUGGCUCCGCACGGCCGUGCUAGUUCAGAGUGUCGAAUACGGUGUACAGCGCAGCUCAUAG